GGCUGCUGCUGCCUGGCUCAGUCGCGCGCGGUGGGCGCCAGAGACGGAGGCUGCUUCCUCGCUCUGCGGAGCAAAGAAGGAAAGGAGACGGACUGGCCGCCCGUUCUGGUGGUGGUUGUUCAGCCUCCAACAUGGGCAGCAGCGGCGGCGGCGGCGACGAGAGCGGGAGCUGACAGGAGCCCCUAAGGGACUUCUCCGCGCCGCGGGAGGAGGAGGAGGGGUUCCCUUGAUCGGCGAGUCAGCUUCCCUUCGCGGAAGCGGCCGAGAGGGAAGUUUCCUCUUCCCACCCCGAGGAAGAGGGCGCUGUUCCUCCCCCCGCCGCCGGGGGCGCCGUUGAUGUGAGGCCGCCCGCCGCGAGGGCCAUGCCGAUGGCGGUGAGCCUGCUGCCUCUGGGGGGCGUCUCCUUGGGAACGGGGGCCCCUCUGGGCGGACCCAGCGGCGCCAGGAAAGCCCCCGGCCCCAGCGCCUUCCGCCUGACGGAGAAGUUCGUGCUGCUGCUGGUCUUCAGCGCCUUCAUCACGCUCUGCUUCGGGGCCAUCUUCUUCCUGCCGGACUCGCCCAAGCUGCUCAGCGGGGUCUUCUUCCACUCCACAGCCCUCCAGCAGCCCCCUCAGCAGCAGCCCCCUCCGCCUCCUUUGCCACCCGCUCGAGGGGACCCUCCUCCGGCCGCCUUGCCUGGCACCAGCGGAUACGGGGACGCGGCGGCGGCGGCGGAGAACUUGGCCAGGAUCCGCCAGGACCACGAGCGAGCCCUGCGCGAGGCCAAGGACACCCUCCGCAAGCCCCCCGACGAGAUCCGCCGAGAGAUCCGCCAGGACAAGGCCACCUUCCUCCUCCUCCAGGAGAACAAGAAGAGGAGGAGGAGGAAGAAGCAGAUGGGCGCCAGGAGGGAGGACGGCGGCGAGGAGGAGGAGGAGGAGGACUCCGGGCCAGGGCUGCCCGAGCUGCCCUUCCACAAACCCAUCGGAGCCGUCGGAGGGGAGCCCCACGAGCCCGAAGCCCGGGAGAGAAGGGCUAAGGUCAAAGAGAUGAUGAAACACGCCUGGGAUAAUUAUAAACAUUACGCAUGGGGAUUAAAUGAACUGAAACCCAUAUCGAAACAAGGACACUCAAGCAAUUUAUUUGGCAAUAUUCAAGGAGCAACAAUUGUUGAUGCAUUGGAUACACUAUAUAUCAUGGAAAUGAAAGAUGAAUUCCAAGAAGCCAAAGAGUGGGUGGAGAAAAAUCUAGAUUUCAAUGUGAAUGCAGAAGUCUCUGUUUUUGAAGUGAACAUUCGUUUUGUUGGUGGGCUGCUUUCAGCAUAUUAUCUUUCUGGCGAAGAGAUAUUUCGAAAGAAAGCAGUGGAACUAGGAGAGAAGCUCCUUCCCGCCUUUAACACGCCCACAGGAAUUCCUUGGGCAUUACUGAAUAUCAAAAGUGGCAUUGGUCGAAACUGGCCCUGGGCUUCAGGAGGAAGCAGUAUUUUGGCAGAAUUUGGAACGCUACAUUUGGAGUUUAUGCAUUUAAGUUACUUAUCUGGAAACCCAGUGUUUGCUGAAAAGGUUAUGAACAUUCGGAAAGUCUUAAAUCGGCUAGAUAAACCAGAAGGUCUUUACCCUAACUACCUAAAUCCUAAUAGUGGCCAGUGGGGUCAACAUCAUGUCUCCAUUGGAGGACUUGGAGAUAGCUUUUAUGAAUAUUUACUUAAGGCAUGGCUGAUGUCAGAUAAGACAGAUGAAGAAGGCAGGCAAAUGUAUUAUGAUGCUGUUCAGUCUAUAGACACCCAUCUGAUCAGGAAGUCUAGUAAUGGUUUGAUGUACAUUGCUGAAUGGAAGGGUGGCCUGCUUGAACACAAAAUGGGUCACCUGACCUGUUUUGCUGGAGGAAUGUUUGUUCUGGGUGCAGAUGGAGCACCAGCUGAGAAAACUGGACGUCACAUUGAACUUGGUGCUGAAAUUGCCCGCACAUGUCAUGAGUCUUAUGAUCGCACAAGCAUGAAGCUGGGACCAGAAGCCUUCAGGUUUGAUGGUGGAGUUGAAGCAAUUGCUACCAGGCAAAAUGAAAAAUACUAUAUUUUGCGUCCUGAAGUUAUAGAAACCUACAUGUAUAUGUGGCGAUUUACUCAUGACCCAAAGUAUCGUCAGUGGGGCUGGGAAGCUGUAGAGGCAUUGGAAAAAUACUGCAAAGUAGAUGGUGGUUAUUCUGGAGUUAGAGAUGUGUACAGCAACCAUCAAAGCCAUGAUGAUGUACAGCAGAGUUUCUUCCUUUCAGAAACACUCAAGUACUUGUACUUAUUAUUCUCUGAAGAUGACCUUCUUCCAUUUGAACAUUGGGUUUUUAACACUGAGGCACACCCUCUUCCAAUUCUAACAAGCGAAGAAGCGCAAAAAAGAAAAGGAAAAUAAAAAAAUGCUGAAUUUUGUUUGGGGCACAUGAUAUAAUUAUUAAUAUUCCAGAGACAUCAUUUUAAACUUUUUUUUUUUUUUUGCAGUCUGCUCUCAAUCCAUGCAAUAUUUAUCAAGGGACCUAAAAUCAUUAAUCUUAUUUAUGUUUUAAUAGAAAUAGUAACUUGUCAUCUCCAGAUUUUGUUAGGCCACAGUGUGCACCUGGCCAAACAGAACACUGAACUCAACGUGUGACUUGUUUUCUGUUUUAUUUUUGACUGCAAAAUUCUAUCCUCCUCUGUGAGGAGAUGUCUGCUUUAAGCUGUAAUACUUUGCUGUGUUGCAAAAAGCCAUAAAGAAUUAAGUAUCAAGAGCUUUUUCUUUUUUAAUCUGUGUUAAUGUGGUUUGUCUAAUCACUAGAGACAAAUCUAACUGUGACAGCCUCUUCUUAUGCGGGUCUAUCAUUAAUUGGUAAUUUGAAUACUUAAGAAGAUAUAUGUUCAUGAAAACUACAUGAGAAUAUUUUCACUUCAUCUGUGAACGCUAUUGUGUUAAAUUGUGAUUCAUCUUAAAGGUAAAGCCUGGAUUUUGAAACUUUUUCGAAAUGUACUUUGAGAACAUAGCUGAAAAUCAGAUCUAACCACAGAUAAAUUUGGUACCCUGUGUUUUACUGUAUAUGUGUCUAGUUUCACAAACGACCACAAAACCAAGAGCAUGCAAGCUGCCCUCUGGGCAGAGCUUCUGAGACUGAAAUUCUCAAAGUCAUCUGUUAGUGAGGUGGAACUUCAGCAUAAUUUGCACUGGAAUGCAAAAACUGUAUCUCUUUGAAACCUGUAAUAUUAGAUGCAAGAUGGGUUAAUCCUAAUAUGUGAAAUCCUUUGUAUGUUUUGAAUCUUCUCCUGUUUAAAAAUUUAGACAGGCUAGUCCCAUAAGUUUGUUAUUGCAGUUUCAACAUUCCAAUUAGCAUUGUGUAAAAUUUAAUAGAUACCAGGAACAGUGUUUUUGUGUUAUGAAAGUUUAAAAAAAAAACACGCUCCAGCAUCAUGGUUUCACUUGCAAAGGCCCUCAACAGGAUUGGGCCAUAGGUGUGAAAUAUACACUGUGUGAUCUGGCAAUUUCAAUGACAAGAGCAUAUAAGCAAUAAUUCUCCCUAACCUUUCCCCCACCCAAGAUUUUACCUGCUUCCUGUUUUGUGCCUCUCCAUGCGAAAUCACAUAACCAGUUAUUAACCACCCUCCAAGUUUAAAAAGAUGUUCUGAUGAAUGAGAUAGAAAAGUCGCAGAUUUGAGAAUAAACGUGUGAGAAGUGAGAAGCUGGCAUGGGACUUUUCACUUGCUCUUCAAUGCUACUUAUACUAAAGGCAUAACUUCAUUGUACUUGGAUAUGAUGUUGGUGUAUGGUUCAUUUUAGCUUUCACGGGAACUUGUAUAAUAAAAUCAUGAAAAUAUUUUUCUUACUUAAUUCAAAUGGAUAUUUGUUUCUGAUUAUAGAUUCCACUGACAUCGUUAUCAUUAAGAAAAUUAUUCAAAUUGAAAGAAGAUUUUCAUAUCUUCAACUCUUGUGUUUUAUGUUUGAUUCUUACAUUAUUUUUCAUGAAAAAACAAUUUGAAAGCAUGGUGUUAGAAACAAUGUUGUGGUAAAUGUUAAUCUGAAUAUAUUUUCAUUGGUCCUUCUGAGAAAAGAAGUAUGUCUUCAUACUAUAUUUAAAUGUCCUGUUUCCGCAUUUGGAGGUGUUAGGAACAGUUUAAUUCCAGAUCCUCAUUCCUAUAGGUGUGACUGAAGAAAGCCAAAUGUAAUUCAGUUUUAUCUUUUUUUAUAAAUAAACUAUCUUUAGCUUAAUUAUGUGAGCACUAAGUAAUAUUUAUACUUGGGCACUGUAGCUUCUACUGCUCACAGUAAUGUGUUUCUCCAGCAGAGUGUGCAUUCUGUCAUAUCACAGGCAAGCACAACUGUGUGUAGAUUAAAAAUAAAAUUAAUUAGAGUGAAAUUAAACACCUUGGUGUUUUGAGCCAAUAACGGUGGCUUCUGUGACUGCACAGCCUGUCAUAUCAAGAGAAAGAUCUGCAGUAUGUAAUUACUGGAGAAGAUAAGUUCAAAAUACUCACUGCAGCACAGGUUUUCUAGUCUUGGAACUCAGACUUAUGUAACUCAGAAUGAUUAUCAAACCUGUUUUAAGGAUUCAUGCCUGUAGCAAAACAAAAUGCAGGACAGCAGUUACAUGUAUGGUCUAACCAUGGGCAAUGCUAUCGGCUGCAGAGCUCGAUUUUAGAGUGUUGCAAUCUGUGAAGCAGCUUCAAUACAAUGAAAAUAGUUUCUGUCCAUUUCCUAAGCUUAAGAGUGAAGCUCCACUCUAACUCUCUUUGGCCUAAAUCCAGAAUUGUGCUGAUACUAAAACUGUAGCAUUACAUAAUUUUCUUCCUUUUUCUCCCCCCCCCCCCCCAAAAAAAACACCUGGCUCUAGAAUUGCUCAGCCCAACAGAGGUGAUUUUAAGAGUGCACAGGGGACUGCCUUGGGGAAUAGGGAUUGCCCGCUUCUUCUUUUAUUCUGCUUUGAUGUUGUGCCAGCAGAAGACUAGCAUUGAAUACUGCCCAUGAAGAGCUACCAUUGAUACUGGAAAUCAUGAUGCUUACCAAGACUGAUCCUCAAAAACUUUUUCCCCCGAACAAUAAGACAGAAGCACCAUUCUUCAAAGUUCUACCUCAGAGCUCCAUUACCAGUUCGUUUUUUCCCCUUUAACCCCUUGGUAGCAACAUCCACCUAGAUGAGCAUGAAUUGUCCUAUAUUUUGCAGGAGAUCCUCUUGGUCUUCUAGUGUGGGGGAACAGACUUGAAUCAAAGAGCAGGAUUGCCUUGUCCAUGUAUUCUAUUUUCUGAAACAACCAAUAUGUAUAAAAAUUGUGUUUAUGUAACACAAUUUUCAGUUCUCUUAGGUAAUAUCCCAUUUCUGCCUUCUACCUAAAUUCCUUCAACCCUCCAUUUUGGAUACACUGGAUACCAGGUCCUAUGCUGUGCCAAUCAAUUGCUUCUACUUGCACAUAAUUUUAAAACAUUUUCUUGUUAAAUAAAUAUUCGCUAGGUAUUUGUUUUCAUCUGUACACAUUUACUUAUAUUAAAAGAAACUGUUUAGUACAUCAAGUAAAUUGAUCUUGUACAUCACCUAGAAAUAUUUUCCAUUUACUUAUAGACAUUCCAAUAAUUAUUAUUUUACAGUAUUUUAUUUGCCUUUGCAAAAAAAAAAAAAUUGACCUUUCAGGUUCUAACAUAUUCAACAAUCCAUGCAUGUAACAGCCUGGUCUGCUUUAGUAAAGCCCUAGCUCCUGUGUAUUGGUUAAUGUUAAAGAACUGACUAAUGCUAUACAAAAUAAAUCCUAAAUUUAAUAAAAUUAGGAUUAUUCUAACCUCAUGCCCCAAAGCAGGGUACUCUGCACUCAGAGGAGCCUGUUCUUCCAAAAUGUGAUCAUAGCAGUCCUUUAAAGGAAAAUUGCCCAAACCUGUCUAAUGGUUAAAAGCAAAAAUUAGGAACACAACAACCGUAAAUUGCCUGAUACAUGGAUUCUCCAUGCCCCCUCUAUUUUUGGUGAUGUUAGGCUUUCAGUAUGUGCUGCUGUCAAAAUGUGCUGGCUCCACUUUGGGGAAACCUGACUGCCUGAAAUGAUUAUUAUGCCCCAUGAUAUUUCUGUGCCUGUCACUAUAAACAAUAGAAAGUACAUUUAUGAAUGUAGCAAGGAUUGUAUUAGACACUUUCCUACCCACCACUGCUCUCGAAGUAAUUCACACAAACAGGUGUAAUUUUAUUAAUAUCAUCAACAUAUGUUUUCAUCAGCUUCAUAUUUUCUCUUUACAGGAGUUAUGGUUAUGGUAAUUUCUUCAUGGGUGUUAUUAUUUAAAAGAGCACAAAGUUUUUAUGGUUCUAUAACAUACAGUAAUCAGGUUGUAUGUAUAAGCUGCACUAUAAUGUAACUUUUUUGUAAAGUGAUGUAACUUAGACAAGAAGAUUGUAUACCCUGUAGAAACUGCUAAAGUAAAAGAGAAACAUGUUUUAUAUCUUUAAAAGUAUUCAUGUUGUGUUUAACACAAGAACACCAAAGUAUAAAACUUCAGAGUGAUUACUGUUUCAAGUUAUGGCUACAUCCUGAGAUUAUUUACAGUAAUGUAAAUCGCUUCAGAAUUACCUUUUAGUGUUUAUGAACAAUUGUCAUACAACCACCCUGGAAAAAAAACCUGUAAACUGUGUACAUUUAAAGGAAAUAACUAUGGGGUGACUGAUUAAAUGCUACCACUGUAUAUGCAUUUUAAAACUAAGGCAAUUUUUGUUUUUAAAAGGUCUGUCCCUGUUUAGACAGUGUCUAAACUUCCAUUGCUCUUCAUCGUAUCACAAUGCAGUUCUUUCAAUAUCUAUUCAGUCCUGAAAAGUUACAAACCUAAAUCCCAUAUGUGUUGUAUGACAGUAUGACAGCUCUAUGAUUCCCAAAUGACACCUUGUUGAUAUGGUAUACUUAUCAUGCAGUCAUUUUGUGUUUUAAUUUGUGCAUAUCCCACUUUGUCUUUUUCCACCUUUAUAGAAAUCUCUGAAGUUAUGAGAGUUCAAAAUGUUUAAUUUUUAAGAACUAUAUUUGUAAAAAAAAAUCUAUUGUGAAUAAAGCCUUUUAAUACA